AUGGGUCUUCUAAACAAGGUCGAGGAUAGACCAACGCCAUCCAAUGUCUACAACUGGCGCAUCUACUUCUCAGCCUUCGUGGCUGGUUCUGCUGCCAUCAUGAUCGGCUACGACUCAGCCUUCAUUGGUGGUACACUAGCACUCAAGUCUUUCACGACAGAAUUCAACUUUGCCGCAAUGUCAACGUCACACCUCAAUUUGAUCAAGGCCAAUAUUGUCUCAUGCUACCAGGCAGGUGCCUUCUUUGGUGCUUUCUUCGCCUAUCCAUUUGGUCAUUUCCUCGGCCGAAAGAAGGGUCUUGCUAUCUUCGCUGCAAUCUUCACACUUGGUGCUGGUCUCAUGCUGGGAGUGAACGGCGACCGCGGUCUUGGCCUCCUAUAUGGUGGUCGAGUGCUUGCAGGUAUUGGUGUUGGUGGUGCUUCCAAUCUGUCACCUAUCUUCUGUGCCGAAAUUGCUCCUCCCGCUAUUCGAGGUCGACUUGUUGGUCUUUACGAACUAUCCUGGCAGAUUGGUGGUCUUGUAGGCUUCUGGAUCAAUUAUGGAGUUGAUCAGACAAUGGCGCCUUCUCGUCGUCAGUGGAUCAUCCCCUUUGCCGUUCAAUUGAUUCCGGCUGGUAUGCUCUUCGGCGGUAUUUUCCUGAUCAAAGAAUCUCCACGAUGGCUCUUCAUGCGCGGCAGACGUGAAGAAGGUAUCAGAAACCUGUGCUGGCUGCGACAGCUAGAACCCAGUGAUGUCUAUAUCCAAGAGGAGGUCAAAUAUAUGGAUGAUGCUAUUGAGCACCAGAAGGCAACCGUCGGAAUGGGCUUCUGGCAGCCCAUCAAAAGCGUCUUCACGCAGAAGAAAGUCUUGUACCGUCUCCUACUCGGUGGUUCACUCUUCCUGUGGCAGAAUGCUACCGGUAUCAACGCUAUCAACUAUUACUCGCCCACAGUCUUCAAGUCUAUCGGUGUCACUGGUACUUCCACCAGUCUUUUGACCACAGGAGUUUUCGGUGUUAUCAAGACUGUCGUCACACUCAUCUGGCUCUUCUACCUUAUCGACAAUUUUGGUCGUCGUCGGUUACUCAUGUACGGUGCCCUAGCUGGUUCCGUGUGCAUGUACUACAUUGCCAGCUACAUCGCCAUUGCCAAACCUGCUCUACACCCUACAAAGGAGCUCUCACGCGGUGGUAUCUCAGCCAUGGUAUUCUUCUAUCUUUGGACUGUAUCAUAUACUCCAUCCUGGAACGGCACUCCAUGGGUCUUGAACUCGGAAAUGUUCGACCAGAAUGUGCGCACUUUCGCACAAGCUUUUGCAGCAUCGAACAACUGGCUCUGGAACUUCAUGAUCGCCCGCUUCACACCACAGAUGUUCAGCAGCAUGGGAUACGGCGUGUAUCUCUUUUUCGCUACUCUCAUGAUCUGUGCGGCUAUCUUCACCUUCUUCCUCGUGCCAGAGACCAAAGGUAUCCCUCUCGAGGCCAUGGACAGACUAUUCAGCAGAGAUCUGCCGGCAAGAAAGGCACAUGCUGUUGUCCUCGCUGAGAUGAAGGAGGCUGACAGACAGUUCAGAAGGAUGUCAAACAUUGAGAUUGAGAAAGGAUCAGACUCUGAGUCUGCUUCACAAAAGUACGUGGUCCAAGGCAAGCACGUCGAGGCAGUCUAG